AUGGAGAAGAUUAUCAGGGCUUCAGAAUUGCACAGUGUCAGUGUUGAGAGGGAAAAAUAUGUAAAGUGGGUGGAUUCGGUUCUCCAAUCACACCGAGGUUCCACCGUGAAAGAAUUAAGAAUAUGCUUUAGUUUAGUCAAAUCAGCCAGGAACUCGAUUACGAAGUGGCUUGAAUUUGCUUUCGAGAGGCACACCGAAAAGUUGGAGUUGAACCUUUCAGAUGGUGACUUUAUUCAUGACCCAGAUGAAACGUACGUGUUUCCUCAAGAGUUAUGCAGUUCUUCAGACGGUUCUUACAAAUGUAGUCGACAUUUCAACUGUAAGUCCAUAAAAAUGUUGUCCUUGGGCGGUAUUCAAGUCUCUGGUGAAACUAUUGAGUUUUUCUUAUGUGGCUGGCCAUUGCUCGAGCAGUUACGUGUCAGUGCCUCUGAUAAUUUGACACGUCUCGAAGUUUGCGGACCAUCCCUUGUAUUAAAGCAUUUGGAGAUAUGGGGUUGCGUUUUUUUAAAAUCCUUAAGAAUUUCUGCUCCGAAACUAACUUCACUUGUACUUUUUAAAAUAGAAGGCCUCUUGCUUGAGGACGUUCCAAUGCUUACUAGUGUUUAUAUGACCUACGCGGACUCUUGGAUUCCUUCUACAUAUGUAGAGAGAUUAAUUUCUACCCGUCUUUCCCAAUUGGAGAUCCUCACCUUUGACAUUUAUUCUGAGAAGGAGCUUUUAUCGAUGAUCAAAUUCCCCAUGAUGCCUAAACUUAAGAAGCUGGUCAUCAUUGAAAGUUUACGUGGUGUGGACUCGAAUCUUCUUGGCGUUGCUAAUUUUAUCAGUGCAUCUCCCAACCUGCAAGAAUUUGAGUUAAAGCAAUGGUGGUUUAAAGUUGAAAGGUCAAACAACGAGAUUCAGAAGGGAUUGAAGCACUUCCCACUGCACCAGCACCUGAAUGUUUUUCGGUUUUUAGGUUAUUAUGGUUGCCCCAGUGACGUUGAAUUAGUGAACUACUUGUUGGAGAAUUGUGCAGCGCUUAAGGAAAUCUAUGUUGAUACCCAAACUUCUCUACGCAUGGCAUACGAACCACCUGAUCCCGAACAGUUAGAAUUGGCUGAAAUAGCAAAGUGUGUUGAGAGGUACCAUGGUGAUAAUCUUAUAAGUCGAUUACCCGAUGACAUUCUCCUUGUUAUCCUGUCUUUCCUCACAUUGAAAGAAGCUGGGCGAACAAGUGUUCUUUCUUCUCGUUGGAGAAACCUGUGGAGUUACACCUCACAUCUCAACUUUGAUGACUAUACUUCGAUGGAGAAGAUUAUCGAGGACCCAGAAUUUCGCAGUGUCGAGAGGGAAAAGUAUGUAAAGUGGGUGGAUUCGGUUCUCCAAUCACACCGAGGGUCCACUGUGAAAGAAUUACGAAUAUGCUUUAGUUUAGUAAAAUCAGCAGGAAAGUCAAUUACGAAGUGGCUUGAAUUUGCUUUUGAGAGGCACAUUGAAAAGUUGGAGUUGAACCUUUCAGAUGGGGAAUAUGUUCAUCACCCACAUGAAGUGUACUCGUUUCCUCGAGAGUUAUGCAGUAAUAUCAGUUCAGACCAUCCUUACAAAUCUAGUAGAUUUUUCGACUGUAAGUCCUUAAAGAUGUUGUCCUUGGACUGUGUUAAUAUCUCUGGUGAAACUAUUGAGUUUCUGUUACGUGGCUGCCCAUUGCUGGAGCAGUUAAUUGUCCGUGCCUCUAAUACAUUGACACGCCUUGAAGUUUGUGGACCAUCCCUUGUAUUAAAGCAUUUGGAGAUAUGGAUGUGCCGUUAUUUAAAAUCCUUAAGAAUUUCUGCUCCGAAUCUAACUUCACUUAGGCUGUAUAAAAUACAAGGCGUCUUGCUUCAGGAUGUUCCAAUGCUUACUAGUGUUAAUGUGACCUCUGUGGACCCUACUUCUUUUUAUGUAGAGAGAUUAAUUCCUACAUUGCUUUGCUGUCUUUCCCAAUUGGAGAUUCUCACCUUGAACAUUGGUAAUAGGAAGGAGCUUCUAUGGAUGAUCAAAUUCCCCAUGAUGCCUAAACUUAAGAAGUUGGUCAUCAUUGAAGCUUUACAUGGUGUGGACUCGAGUCUUCUUGGCCUAUCUCAUUUUAUCAGUGCAUCUCCCAACCUGCGAGAAUUUGAGAUACAGCAAAGGUGGUCUAUGGUUGAAAGGUCAAACAACGAAAUUCAGAAGGGAUUGAAGCACUUCCCACUGCACCAGCAUCUGAAUGUUUUUCGGUUUUUAGGUUAUUAUGGUUGCCCGAGUGACGUUGAAUUAGUCAACUACUUGUUGGAGAACUGUGUCGCGCUUAAGGAAAUCAUUGUUGAUACCCAAAAUCCUCGACGCAUGGCCUACGAACCACUUGAUACUGAGCAAUUAAAAUUGGCUGAAAUAGCAAAGGUUUACGCCAAACAGCAGCUGGAGCCGCUAGUACCUAAGCACAUAAGCUUAUUUUUAUGCUAG